UUGCCUACCAUUGCGAAUAUUUCAGAGCGAGUCUGUGAUGCCUUUCAUCUGCAGCUUGUCAGCGGUUUAUCGAGGCUCACGUACUGGCUGACUGGAUAUAGUAUCUACAUCUUGUCUGUGGUGGCCAUUCUCUUGAUCUAUGUCGCUUUCGGUGUAAAGGAGUUUGCGUACAGUUUCGAGGCACUUUGCUGCUUCUUCCUCGUAUUCCUGCUCUACGGGCUCUGCGCUGUUUUAUGGGCCUACAUACUGCAGCGACGAUUUGAUGUCCCAGCAUUGUCCUUCGUGUUGAUCUCCGUCGGCACGUUUUUUGUUGGGAUCGUUGCCUCGUUGACCGUAAUAGUAAUCGAGCAACUCAUGCAGCAGGAUCCCACUCUGAUUGGUCCCCAUACGAUCUGCUCGAUGGUCUUUCUUAUACUGCCUCAGUACAACCUUGCAAUGGCUAUAUUCCGUGGCAGUUUUGUGUUCCAGUUAAUUCAAUUCGGCGAAGAUUUCCUCAGGGAAAUAAAUCGUCAAGAUCUAGCGUCAUCACUACCGAUCCCGUCUCUUCUUCAAUGGUCCUUAAUGGGCAUGCAUUGCGCAUGUCUGGUGGCACACAUUCUGAUUGCGGCUUUUGUGCUCUUCGUACUGGAGCGGGAACCUUUCGGGUUUUUAAGAAAGUGGGAGCAGAUCUAUACACGGCGACUACUUGAAAGCACGAAGAGUAUUGUCGACGAGGAUGUCAUUGCUGAAAAGCGGAAAGUGGAUCAACUCGAAGACUCUAGCGACAAUCCGCUAAUAGUCAAAGAUCUGGCAAAGGCGUACACUAAGAAGGCGCUUGCAGUACAGAACGUGUCUUUUGCCGUUGAUCAUGGCGAAUGCUUUGGUUUGCUGGGCUUGAAUGGUGCCGGGAAGACAACGACCUUUGCUAUUUUGACACAAAAGAUCCGACCAGGUUUUGGAUCGGUACAGAUCCACGGAAGGAGCAUGGUUAUCGGCGAUCGGUCGUCUUUUGACCAAGUCGGCUACUGUCCACAGUUCGAUGCAAUGAACAUGAAGUUGACAACGAUGGAAAACAUCGAACUGUUUGCUAGAAUACGCGGUAUCCCCGAGAGGCACAUCCAGCCGCUGGUCUCGCGUCUUCUCGUCUCCCUACAUCUUAAAGCCUAUUCUUCAACAGUCACUUCAGCCCUAUCAGGCGGUAAUAGAAGAAAGCUGUCCGUAGCGAUUGCGCUGAUCAGUCAUCCGUCGCUUAUUCUGCUUGAUGAGCCAUCGGCUGGAAUGGAUCCGGGCUCUCAACAGUUUCUCUGGAAGGUGAUCGAUAGGUUACGGAAAUCAGGGAAAGCUGUGGUGAUUACGUCACAUUCGAUGGAAGAGUGUGAAGCACUGUGUACUCGGAUUGCUAUCAUGGAUCGGGGCCAGAUUCGAUGCAUUGGAAGCAAGCAACAUCUUAAGAAUAAAUUCGGUGAAGGCCAUUCUCUUACGGUAAAGAUGACCAGCCAAAGUGAUGCUCGACUUGCGGCUAAAUUCGUCCUGAGCCAUCUGAAGGGAGCCAAAGUGGAAUCCAUCCAUUGCUCAACGGUCUUCUUCCAUAUCGAUCGAGAAGUUUCUACUAUUUCCGAUAUUUACCGAGUUGUCAAUCAGCUGAAAAGCGAAUUUUCCGUCGAAGACUUUUCGCUAUCACAGUCGACGCUGGCUGAGGUGUUCCAUUCGUUGGCGACGCAGGCGAGCGCCAGCACUUCUGUUUCCUCAGGACAAACUACCUCUACGGCUGAAACCGAUCUUACCGAUUAA